GGCCCGGUCGGCUGCAGGCCGCCACUUCCCGGCUGAAGCGGGAAUUGCUUCCAGCUUGGUGCUGAUGCUUUUGCACGGCGGGAAGAAAACAAGCUUGAGACCCAGGGGCUAGAGCCUGCUGGAAAUGCUCCUCUUGAGACCUGGGUCAACCUGAUGUCUACGAGCUGCUGACCUUCUAGGACUGUCAGCAGCCUGGAGCCAGGAGUUGAAAGCUCACUUUUCUAGACGACAGGGACAAUGCCUUCUCGACUAUGGUAACCCCAGUGCCUUACAGAGUGCCAGAAGCACAGCAGGCUUUCAAUGAAGGUUGAAAAGAAAACCAUUUUCUCAGAUGCCCAAUGGAUUAAAGAAUGUACAUGCUGGGGAGGCUUCCCUGGUGGCGCCGUGGUUAAGAAUCCGCCUACCAAUGCAGGGGACACGGGUUUGAACCCUGGUCCAGGAAGAUCCCACAUGCUGCGGAGUAACUAAGUCCAGCGCCACAACUACUGAGCCUGCACUCUAGAGCCCGCGAGCCACAACUACUGCACCCGCGUGCCUAGAGCCCGUGUUCCACAACAAAGAGAAGCCACUGCAAUGAGAAGCCCGCGCACCGCAACGAAGGUUCUUCUCACUUUGUUGGUGGCUGUGUCACUUGCGUUAGGCCUGGUGGCUGGACUCAGGCAACAAGAAGAGCAAGGCAGCUGCAGGAAAAAAUGCUUUGAUGCUUCACAUAGAGGACUAGAGGGCUGCCGGUGUGAUGUGGGAUGUAAAGGCCGAGGCGACUGCUGCUGGGACUUUGAAGACACCUGUGUGGAAUCAACUCGAGUAUGGACGUGCAAUAAAUUUCGUUGUGGGGAGACCAGACUGGCAUCCAGCCUUUGCUCUUGUUCAGAUGACUGUUUACAGAAGAAAGACUGCUGUGCUGACUAUAAGAGUGUUUGCCAAGGAGAACCCUCAUGGGUUGAAGAAGAGUGUGGCACAGCCCAGCAGCCUCAGUGCCCAGAAGGAUUUGACCUGCCACCAGUUAUUUUGUUUUCCAUGGAUGGAUUUAGAGCUGAAUAUUUACAGACAUGGGGCACUCUAAUACCUAAUAUCAAUAAACUGAAAACAUGUGGAAUUCAUUCAAAAUACCUGAGACCUGUCUAUCCGACCAAAACCUUCCCAAAUCAUUACACCAUUGUCACGGGGUUAUAUCCAGAAUCACAUGGCAUCAUUGACAAUAAAAUGUAUGAUGUAUACCUCAACAAGAACUUUUCACUUUCUUCAAAGGAGAAAAAUAACCCAGUUUGGUGGCAUGGACAACCAAUCUGGCUGACAGCCAUGUAUCAGGGUUUAAAAGCUGGUACCUACUUUUGGCCAGGAUCAGAUGUGGCUAUAAAUGACACCUUCCCUUCCAUAUAUAGGAUUUACAACAGCAGUGUCAGAUAUGAAGAGAGGAUCUUUACAUUGUUAAAGUGGCUGGACCUGCCCAAAGCUGAACGACCCGAUUUUUAUACCAUAUAUGUGGAACAACCUGAUUCUGCAGGUCAUGCUCAGGGACCAGUCAGUGCCGCAGUAAUUCAAGCCUUACAGUCAGUAGAUUACACUUUUGGAUUGUUGAUGGAAGGCCUAAAGCAGAGAAACUUAGUCAAUUGUGUCAAUAUAAUCCUUUUGGCUGACCAUGGAAUGGAUCAGACUUAUUGUGACAAAGUGGAAUAUAUGACCGAUUAUUUUUCCCAAAUAAACUUCUACAUGUAUGAAGGACCUGCCCCCCGCAUCAGGACUCAUAAUAUACCUCAUGAUUUUUUUACUUUUAAUUCUGAAGAAAUUGUUAGGAACCUCAGUUGCCGAAAACCUGAUCAGCAUUUCACACCCUAUUUGACUCCUGAUUUGCCAAAACGCCUACACUAUGCCAAAAAUGUCAGAAUUGACAAAGCUCAUCUUUUGGUGGAUCGACAGUGGCUGGCUGUGAGGACUAAACCAUCUUCAUCCUGUGGAGGAGGCACACAUGGUUAUAACAAUGAGUUUAAGAGCAUGGAGGCUAUCUUUCUGGCACAUGGACCCAGUUUUAAACAGCAGACUGAAGUUGAACCAUUUGACAAUAUUGAAAUCUAUAACCUAAUGUGCGAUCUUCUACACAUUCAUCCAGCACCAAACAAUGGUACCCAUGGUAGUUUAAACUAUCUUCUGAAGGUGCCUUUUUAUGAACCAUCUCAUGCAGAGGAAGUGUCAAAGUUUUCUGUUUGUGGCUUUACUAGUCCAUUGACCACAGAUACUCUAGGAUGUUCAUGCCCGGGGCUACAAAGUGAUGCUGCUGACCUUGAACGCGUGAAUCAAAUGCUAAAUCUCACCCAAGAUGAAAUAAAAACAACAGAGAUACUAAAUUUGCCAUUUGGAAGGCCCAGGGUUAUACAGAAGAACAAGGAACUCUGUCUUCUUUAUCACAGGGAAUAUGUCAGUGGAUUUGACAAAACUAGCAGGAUGCCCCUUUGGAGUUCAUAUACAGUCCUUAAACCGGGAGACACAUCGCCUCUUCCUCCCACUGUCCCAGACUGUCUGCGGGCUGAUGUCAGGAUUGCUCCUUCUGAGAGCCAAAAUUGUUCCUUCUAUUUAGCAGACAAGAAUAUCACCCACGGCUUCCUCUAUCCUCCUGCAAACAAUAGAACUUCUGAUAGUCAAUAUGAUGCUUUAAUUACAAGUAAUUUGGUCCCUAUGUAUGAAGCAUUCAAAACAAUGUGGAAUUACUUCCAUAGAGUUCUUCUUGUAAAACAUGCCAUGGAAAGAAAUGGAGUCAAUGUGGUUAGUGGACCAAUAUUUGAUUAUAAUUACGAUGGUCAUUUUGAUGCUCCAGAUGAAAUUACAGAAUAUGUAGUCAACACCAGUGUUCCCAUCCCAACACACUACUUCGUGGUAUUAACCAGUUGUAAAAAUAAGAGCCAAACCCCCGAUGCCUGCCAUGGGUGGUUGGACAUCUUACCCUUUGUCAUCCCUCACCGACCUACCAACGUGGAGAGCUGUCCCGAAAAUAAAACAGAAGCUCUUUGGAUUGAAGAAAGAUUCAACGCACAUGUUGCCCGGGUCCGUGAUGUGGAACUUCUUACUGGGCUUGACUUUUAUCAGGAAAAAGAACAGCCUGUCUCUGAAAUUUUGCAACUAAAGACAUAUUUGCCCACAUUUGAAACCAUUAUUUAG